CAGAAAUAAGACAGUUAAAAUUAGAAGUUAGACAACUUAAAUAUAGAUGUGACCAGUUAGAACAAAAUCAAAAUUUAAAGAAUAAAGAAAAAAUUAUAGAACAAAAAGAAGAAAUUACUUCAUUGUAUACCAGUAGUACUAGUAUUAUGAAUAGACCAUUAGCUCCAAUGUCAAGUGCAUUAAUAAUCCAACCAAGUUAUCCCAGACCAAGAUCACCAAGACCAAAUUUUACUUCAUUAAAUAGAUACAGCCAAUUACAAUCUCCUAUGGGUUCUAUUAGAUCAAUCACACCUUCCACUUUCAAGCAAAUCGUCACAAACACCCCAUCUUCUAGCCAAAGUCCAACCAUUUCACAAGAAUUAAAUCAUUCAGAUUACAAAUAUAAGCCCAUUGAAGAUCACAUCAUUACAAUUGAACCAGAAUAUUGGGCAAAAAACCCAAAUCUCAAUAACUACGAAAUUUGUGAUUCCAUUUUUUCUAAGACACAUUUUUAUAUCCCAGACAAUUUUAGUAAAUCUCAACACUACUAUGAGACUAUUCUUAUCCAGACAAAUUCCAUUUUAAUUCAGAACAAUUACGAUCCACAAAGUCCAAAUAAUAUUAGAUAUUGUAAAGUUCGUCUCUUGAAGGUAUGGACCCUGGCGGAGUGGGGACAAGAGCCCCACCAGACAAAAGAAAUUAUUUUGACCAAUGGACAAAGUACAAAAUACAAUUAUUAUGAUUACCAAGCUGCUUGGGAACGAACGUUCUUUAAGCAAAAUGACCAUAUGUCUAUUUCAUUUUUCUUUUAUAUUGCUGACAAUUUUGAAUAUCCAAUACCUUAUUGGUUUCAUCAAUGGUGGAACAAAUUUGGGAUACAAACUGAUAUUAUUCCAGACCAAGUACAAACAGCCCAAAUACAAUUUUUUGAUAGAACUAAACUACCUGAUACCAUUAACUGCUCCCCAAAGUGGUUAAUUUAUAGCCAUUAUUUCCACAUACCAUGGAUAUUCAUGAUAGAAUACCAGAUUAAUGAUCAAACAAUUGAUAAUUUUCAAGUGCCAAUUCUUAUUCGGAAAUAUAAAACCAAAUGGUGGUCCAAGACUGAUUUGCAGGCUUGUGGCCCAGAUGCCUUAGAACCAUUUUUUCUUAAAUACCCACAACUGUGCAAAAGCCCAAGCCCAGCCAAUAUAUCCAAACAUGAGACCUUUCUGGCAAAAAGACAAAUAAUCAUAUCCCAACUAGCAGCAUGUACUUCUGAGACAGAGUAUGAAAAAUUAAUAAAAGAAUUAAAUGAGACAAAAAAUUCUACGGCCUCACCAGUAGAUCUCUCUGAUGACAAUGACGACUUUUUUACUCAAGUGGACAUGUAGAAAUUAUCAAUAAUACAGCAGACAAAAACAAAAGAAGUGACUCAGCAUCAGCAUUGACGAAAGCAAUGACGUCACAAAGCACUCACAGACAAUUGAUAGACAAAAACAAAAGAAGUGACUCAGCAUGACCCACCAAGCAUCUAAUGGCCAACAAAGUGGCAGACAAUGGGACCCAGGACCCACAAAACACUUAUGGACCGCUCAACCAAAUUCAAUUUCAUUUUGAAAUUCGGACCGCUUAACUGCAUUGGAUAACACUUUGGCGUCCGCGGCUAUAAAAAGGAUCAUUCGGUUCAUUACAAAACACACCGAAUUCCAGACAGAAUUCUCACAAUAAAUCUUUCUCAAAUGUAUUCAAUAGCUAGUUUAGUUUUAUUUUCAACAAUUUGUAAGGAGUCUUUGGUUUACUACAACCAAGACGUAACAAUUUUUAUUUAAAGUAUUUUGUAUUUACAAAAGUAAGUUUGUAUUUUGUAUUCAGUCUUUUAUAUAUUUGUAUUUUAUACAAACUGUUACUGUGUAAGUUUGUGUUGACGGCAAUCUAUUCUCUCUCUCUACGUA